UAGGUGGCAGUGAUGUUCGCACAACCUGAAUGUCGAUUGUUGAUGACGUUUAAAGAAGUCGACCCAACACAACACGCCGACCGAACAGAACACGCCGACUUAUCAACAAAAUGGGUAAACAGAAGAAGACAAAGAAGUUUGCCACAAUGAAGAGAAUGAUCAGUCUCAAGGAUGCACGAUUAAAAGAUAAGGAUAAAUCAAAAAAAGAAGUGAGAAAGAAAGAAGACCCAUCUGAAAUGAAAGAAAAGGAGGUGCCAAAGUAUCCAUCCUGCCUGUUCUUCCAGUACAACACACAACUAGGUCCCCCUUAUCACAUUCUUGUGGACACCAACUUUAUUAACUUUUCCAUCAAGGCCAAAUUGGAUGUAGUGCAAUCUAUGAUGGAUUGCCUAUACGCAAAGUGUAUCCCUUGCAUCACAGAUUGUGUUUUAGCGGAGUUGGAAAAGCUGGGAAUGAAGUAUAGAGUGGCAUUAAGAAUAGCCAAGGACCCACGCUUUGAGCGUUUACCGUGCGCACACAAAGGAACAUAUGCCGAUGACUGCCUAGUCCAAAGGGUGACACAGCAUAAGUGUUACAUUGUGGCAACAGUGGACAAAGACCUGAAAAGAAGGAUCCGUAAGAUACCUGGUGUUCCAAUCAUGUACAUCUCCAAUCACAAGUACAACAUAGAGCGCAUGCCCGAUGAUUAUGGAGCACCAAGGUACUAAGUUACAAGAGGUUGCACCAGAUGGAGAUCAUGUUAACCUGUAUUAUUUUGAACUGUUUACACAUUUUAAAUUCAUUUGUGCAUUUUCCAUAAGCAGCCCUAGUACAAAUGUUGUAAAUAAUGGUGAUUUUGUUUCUGUUUGAAUAAAAAAGCAAGUAAGAAA